UGCGGCGGCUGCGCGGUGCGGGGCUCCGCCCCGAGGCAUGGCGGCCCGGCUGCUGAGCGCGCUGCGGCCUUCCGCGCCCCGCGCCCUCCUCCCCGCGCCGGGCCCGCGCUGCAGGUAUCAGGCGGGCCCGGAGGAGGGCGAGACGGCGGAGCUGCUGGCCCUGGGCUUCGACCGGGCGCAGGCCCAGCGGCUCCGCCUGCUGCAACCGGGGCUCGAGCCGCAGAGACGGGCGGAGGCGGCGGCGCAGCUGCUGCUGCUGGGGCUGAGCGAGGAGGCCGCGCUGGGGCUGCUGGAGCGGAACCCGGGGCUGCUGCGGAUGGCGACCGCGCGGCUGAAGGAGCGCGCCGAGUACCUGCGGCGGCUGGGGCUGGAAGGAGCGCGGCUGCAGAGCGCGGCGGGCCGCUGCCCUGAGGUGUGGACGCUGCCCCGGAGGAGGAUGGAGGCGGUGGUGCGGCUGCUGCGGGAGCGGUGUCUGUUCACGGCCGAGCAGCUGGCCGAGCUGCUGCGGAGCUGCCCCGAGGUGCUGCUGGAGGAGCCGGACCGCGUGCAGCAUCACUUCCAGUACGCGUACUUCAGGAUGGGCGUCCGGCAGAAGGAGAUGGUGAAGGCCCGGCUGUUCUGCACGCCCUUCGCCGAGCUGAGGAACCGCCACAUCUUCCUGGAGCGCCGCGGGAUUUACCGCACCCCGCACAAAGGCCAGACCCAGAGCAACAACCCCGCGCUGCGGGACGUGCUGCGGCCGAGCGAGGGCGACUUCGUGGCCGGCGUAGCCCGAGCCUCGGCCGAGGAGUACGAGGUGUUCAAGAGGCUGCUGGCCCGGGAGGAGGAGGAGGAGGAGGAGGGGAAUGGAUGUAAAGAAGACCUCCUCCCACCAGGCCGUGCGGGCCAGGCUUCAGGUGAUAGCUAA